CGCCACAGGCUCGCGCACUCAGCAGGUUGGGCUGCGGUGGCUGCAGCUGUGGAGCUGGAGCGCUACGUGUGAGAGGUCCCAGACACGUCUGCGGCUCCGGCUCCGCCACCCUCGCCUCAGUCUCGGUGCCGGGUGCUGAGAGGGGAACAGCUCUAGCCUCGGGACCCCCGAGCACACCCCUGGCUGCUUCCGACACCGCCCUCCUUCCUUUCCCAGCUGCGGGCCUCGCUCGGUGCUAGGCGACUCCGAGGAGAGGCGGCGGCGACGGCUGCCUGUCUGUGAGAGGAGCCUUGUUCUCCAGCCUUGCUCCGCUGCCGGGCCCUGCAGGGGCCGAGAGAGCUCGGCGCCGACCCUUCCUCUAUCCUCCCCGUGAACCGGUUGGAGCGGCGUCGGUCUGGGAGGUCUCUGGGCUGAGGCGGCGGCAGCUCCUCCGGCUCCAUCAUGUCCGCGGGCGGAGACUUCGGGAAUCCGCUGAGGAAAUUCAAGCUGGUGUUCCUGGGGGAGCAGAGCGCUGGAAAGACAUCACUGAUUACCAGAUUCAUGUAUGACAGUUUUGACAACACCUAUCAGGCAACAAUUGGUAUUGACUUUUUAUCAAAAACAAUGUACUUAGAGGAUCGAACAGUACGAUUGCAAUUAUGGGACACAGCAGGUCAAGAGCGGUUCAGGAGCUUGAUUCCUAGCUACAUUCGUGACUCCACUGUGGCAGUUGUUGUUUAUGAUAUCACAAAUGUUAACUCAUUCCAGCAAACUACAAAGUGGAUUGAUGAUGUCAGAACAGAAAGAGGAAGUGAUGUUAUCAUCAUGCUAGUAGGAAAUAAAACAGAUCUUGCUGACAAGAGGCAAGUGUCAAUUGAGGAAGGAGAGAGGAAAGCCAAAGAGCUGAAUGUUAUGUUUAUUGAAACUAGUGCAAAAGCAGGAUAUAAUGUAAAGCAGCUCUUCCGACGUGUUGCAGCAGCUCUACCUGGAAUGGAAAGCACACAGGACAGAAGCAGAGAAGACAUGAUUGACAUAAAACUGGAAAAGCCUCAGGAGCAACCAGUCAGCCAAGGAGGCUGUUCCUGCUAAUCCCCCAUGGCAUCUUCAACUUUCCUCCAGAAGCUCACUGCUUUGGCCCCCUUACUCUUUCAUUGACUGCAGUGUGAAUAUUGGCUUGAACCUUUUCCCUUCAGUAAUAACGUAUUGCAAUUCAGCAUUGCUGCCUGUCUCUUGGAGAUGAUCUAUUAGCUUCACAAGCACAAAAAAGUCAGUGUCUUCAUUAUUUAUAUUUUACAAAAAGCCAAACAAUUGCAGCAUAUUCCAGUGGUAACUUUAAAAAUUAGAUACAUUUUCUUAACAUUUUUGUUUCCUUUUUAAUGUUAUGAGAAUGUACUUCAAAAUGAUGGAAAUCUCAACAGUAUGUGGCUUGGUUAAGGAGCAGUUGUUCACAGCAGCACUUGCCUACCUACUUGAUCUCUCCCUACUUUACUUGCUUGUUCUUUACCCCAUUUCCUAUUCCAGUCCUUCCUCCAUCAAAACAAACAAGAGGGGGCAAAGCAGUAGUCAGACCAAGCCCAUUGGAAUUAUCCUUCAGUUUUAGCAAUACCACUUGCUCUCAAGAUAUCCAAAAUUAUUCUUAAGCACUGAUAUAAAUUAGUUAGACCUUAAUUGAGGUCAAAACUCAACUAUCAUGGUAGGCAGUGCUGGAAUAAGGAAAGCGUUCUGGUGUGUCUUCAGAAUGAGUCCUAAUGAACAUACUGAGUACUUACAAGUAAAUGAACAUAAAAUAUAUUUCUGACCAAAACAAAUGAUUCUUUCACAUGUUAGACUCUGGGAGAGAAAAGUAAAAGUGCUUCAGAACAGGUUUUAAAUAUUUAAUUCUUCUAAGAUCUAUUUCUUCCAGGAUUUUAAAUUUGUCAAAAUCGAGUUCUUCUGUUUGUUUAAAAAACAAAACUAAACUUUUUUAGGCAAUAGAUUUCUCUUGGGUUUUCCUUUUCUGUCUUCCUUUUCUUUCUUUCCUUCUUUCUUCCUUCCUUUCUUUCUUCCUUUUUUUUUUGAAAUGCUGUGCAGGCAAGGCACUGUAGUAAUCAAAUUCCUUUAAGAAGAACCAGUGGAAGAAUUUAAAUUUGGCACUUUGAUCGAAACUACUGUAACUAGUAGAAACAAUGAUAUCUAAACCUUACCAACUAAAGAAUCCUCAAGAGAAUAGCAAAUACUUUGCCCAGGACAAUUGAGGUCAAAUUUAAAGUGGAAACAGUUUUCUUAUAAGCCCUAGAGGCAGAUCUGAAAAAGCAUACAUAGAAGAGGGAAAGGAGAGAAUGAAAAUAAAACUUAAUAUGCAGAUUUAUGCCUUAUUUUUCAGCAUUUUUUUAUGUUCUCUCAAUCCAGUUUUGCUUUUUAUUAGAUCUGUAUAGUUUGCUUAAUUCACUAGUGAUUUAAUUUUAUAUUUAAGCUACAAUUAAUCUUUUUUCUUUGGUGAUAUUUCUUUGCCUUUUUUAAAACUACUUUCAAUUUUUAGAUAUUUUAUUUAGAGCUUCAUAACAAUGGCAAUAUGUAUUUCCCUUAAAACACUGCAAACAAAUAUACUAGGAGUGCACCAUUUUAAUCUUUACUAGUUAUUGUGAGAUUGCUGUGUAAGUUAAUAAAUACAUUUGUAAAUACAUUGUUUGCAGGAAGAAAAUUUCUGAGUUACAGCUCAGGAAAAGCCUGCUGAAUUUAUGUUGUAAGCAUUACUUAACACAGUAUAAGGAUGAAAAGGCAACAAAAAUAUCUUCAUACUUCCUCAUCCCCUCAUUGCAACAAAACCCUUAACUGGGAGAACCUUAUUCCUUCCCCUCUUCCUCCUCCACUUCCCACUUAUUGUCCAACCUUAUAAUAUUCAGAGAGCACUUGGAUUAUGGGUCUGAAUAGAGAAAUGCUUUCAGAUAAUCAUUAGCCCACAUACCCCAGUAACUUGUACUCAAAGACGGGAUGGAGUUGUAAAGUGCUUUUAUAAUACAAUAUUAUUGUUAAAGGCAAGGGUUGACUCUUUUGUUUUAUUUUGACAUGGCAUGUCCUGAAAUAAAUAUCAAUUCAA